AUGCUGGCGGCUGGUCUCUUCGGUUUCCCAGUUCUUCCUGUCCCCAGGAUGCCCCCUUUGAAUGUGGAAAAGCCGGAGGACUCCAAGUUCGAUGCUGUCCCUCGGGGCUGUCGUGUGCGGGCAACGGCAGCUACGAUGGGAACUACUGCUGCCCAGGUUCGUGAAUACAUCUUGAUACCUUUCUCACUUCUGCAUCAUCUGCUGACGCUCUUUGUCUUUGUUAGACUCCACCGACUGCUCGUCCUCGGCAUAUACUCACCCCAAGGUACCUCGCGCCGUUCCCCAGUGCGAUACACCGAGACGAGUAUCGUACUAACAGCCCAGUGCCCUGAUCCAUCAUGGAGUAUGUGGGUAGCAAAUGAUACUGUCAAUGAUAAGCCAGAUACUGGCGCAUGGUGUUGCAAGCCAGACUACAAGGGCGUGUAUCGGGACAACGGCACCGCCAACUACUUCUGCACGGCGACAUCUAUCUCCACCCUUCAGCUUAGCUACUACUGGGCGCAUAUUCUCACUACUACCACUUCGUGCUCUUUGACUGCAACGCCGGCUGGUCUGUCAACAGCUACGUCUACACUUUUGGCCUCAGUUACACCCAGCGCAACAUCUGUCGGGACCGGGACAGGCACAGCAUCCAGCACAGGCACCCGGUCUGAGUCGACUGGCACAACAUCUCCGGCCAGCGAAGAGCAGACCGGAAUCCCAGUUGGAGUCAAAGUUGGAGCAGCAGUCGGAUGCGUGGCGGGUGCCGCACUGAUUGUCGCGGGGAUCCUCUUCAUUAGAAAACGGAAGCAAAAGACGAUAGAGGGAGUUACGCUGACUGGGGAAACGGAAGAGGGACGUGGCAAGCCCGAGGCCAAAUACUUUCAUAAGGGUACCCGCCGCCCUAGUGAGCUGGAGACAGUCGAGCGAACUGUCGAGCUUGAUGGCGCUAGACCCAGGUAUGAGCUUGACGCGACGAGGAAAGAAGAUCAACUUGACGUUGUGUCUCCGAUGAGCAUGUGA